AUUUAAAAAUAAACCGGCCCCUCGGCCCUCCCCACCCAUUCGCCGCCGCCGCUCCCCCGUCCCCGAGCCCGCGCCCUCGAAGUCCCCGUCUGGGCUCGCGCGCCCACCCCGUCGUCCCGCGCGGCCCCUUUAAGAAAAGAGAACGAGAGAGUGAGUGAGAGAAAAUCCCAACUCCCUGCUCACCUCCCCUCGCCCCCUCCUCCCCUCCCCCGCUCCCCGGCGGCUCCGGCUCCCGCAGCGGGACGGGCCCACCGCCCAGGCUUUCAUCCGGCACCGGCGGCGUCUGCCUUCCCUCGCAGGUCGAUGGUGGCGGCGGCGGCGGCGGCGGCGGCUCCUCGGGCGGCGGCGUGAGACGAGGCUGCGGCGUUGCCAUGAACUGUGGCGGCGGCCUCCCGCCCCCCUCGGCCGCCGCCUCCUCUUCCUCCUCGCUGGCGGCGGCGGCGGCGGCGGUCGUGGCCCCGCCGGGGGCUGGGGGCGUCUCCGGCGGGGCGGCGGCGGGAGUGAAGCUGAAGUACUGCCGCUACUACGCCAAGGAUAAGACCUGCUUCUACGGGGAGGAGUGUCAAUUCCUGCACGAGGACCCGGCCGCCGGAGCUGCCCCGGGCCUCGGCCUCCAUAGCAACAGCGUCCCCCUGGCUCUGGCGGCCGCGCCUGGGGCCGGCUUUCCACCCGGAGCGGUCCCGGGCGGGGGGACCGGGCCGCCCCCGGGGCCCAAGAAGCCGGACCUGGGGGUCCCGGGAGCUGGAGCUGCCGCCGGCGGAGGAGGCAGCAGCGGGGCGCUCGAUGGACCUCGGCUGGCGAUUCCUGGAAUAGACGGAGGUGCUUUAACUGAUACCAGUCUCACAGAUUCCUAUUUCAGCACCAGCUUUAUUGGAGUCAAUGGAUUUGGAAGCCCUGUGGAAACAAAGUAUCCCUUAAUGCAGCGAAUGACUAAUAGUAACAGCUCCCCAAGCCUUCUAAAUGACAGUGCCAAGCCAUAUGCAGGCCAUGAUGCUCUAACUUCACCUGCUUCAUCCUUGUUUAAUGACUUUGGUGCCCUCAACAUCUCUCAGAGAAGAAAGACACCAAAUCCUACUGCAAGCGAGUUUAUUCCUAAAGGAGGACCAACCUCCAGGCUGAGUAAUGUGUCCCAGUCAAACAUGUCUGCCUUCUCUCAAGUCUUCUCCCACGCGCCCACGGGGUGUCCUGCUGCUGCUGGGUUAGCGCCAGGCAUGUCACUGUCGGCCGGAUCUUCCCCUCUUCAUUCUCCCAAGAUCACUCCGCACACUUCUCCUGCUCCCAGAAGAAGAAGUCACACUCCAAACCCAGCAAAUUACCUGGUGCCUUCUAGUGCGUCUGCACCUGUUAAUAAUCCUGUUUCCCAGACUCCGUCUUCCGGUCAGGUGAUCCAAAAGGAAACCGUUGGUGGGACAACUUACUUCUAUACAGACACAACCCCAGCACCUCUGACUGGAAUGAGAUCUUUCAAAAAUUAUCACAGAACAGCUUGCCGAACAGAAGGUCAAAUAAUUGAGGUAUUUCCAAAUUACCAUAUUUACCCUCCAACUGCACCUCAUGUUGCUUAUAUGCAACCAAAAGCAAAUGCACCUUCCUUCUUCAUGGCCGAUGAACUCCGACAGGAGCUGAUUAACAGACAUUUAAUAACAAUGGCUCAAAUUGAUCAAGCAGAUAUGCCAGCAGUCCCUACAGAAGUGGACAGCUACCAUAGCCUGUUCCCUCUAGAACCACUGCCACCACCCAACCGGAUACAGAAAUCAAGUAAUUUUGGAUAUAUCACAUCUUGCUACAAAGCUGUAAAUAGCAAAGAUGAUCUGCCAUAUUGCCUUCGGAGGAUACAUGGUUUCCGUCUUGUUAACACAAAGUGCAUGGUGUUGGUUGAUAUGUGGAAAAAAAUUCAGCACUCAAAUAUUGUAACGUUGCGUGAAGUGUUCACCACUAAAGCAUUUGCAGAGCCUUCUCUUGUGUUUGCAUAUGAUUUUCAUGCUGGAGGAGAAACAAUGAUGAGCAGACACUUUAAUGACCCUAAUGCUGAUGCCUAUUUCACAAAGAGAAAGUGGGGUCACCUUGAUGGCCCAUUGCCCAGACAGCAUGCUGGGUUAUUGCCAGAAUCUCUCAUUUGGGCGUAUAUUGUCCAGUUGAGUUCUGCACUGCGAACAAUUCAUACGGCAGGUUUGGCUUGUCGAGUUAUGGACCCAACGAAGAUUCUGGUAACUGGCAAAACGAGGUUACGAGUAAAUUGUGUUGGAGUUUUUGAUGUCUUAACAUUUGAUAACAGUCAGAAUAAUAAUCCAUUGGCUUUAAUGACUCAAUACCAGCAAGCAGAUCUGAUAUCAUUAGGAAAAGUUGUGUUGGCUUUGGCUUGCAACUCUUUGGCAGGAAUUCAGCGAGAGAAUUUACAGAAAGCCAUGGAACUGGUGACAAUCAACUACUCCUCUGACCUGAAGAAUCUGAUUUUGUACUUGUUGACUGACCAAAACAGGAUGCGGAGUGUAAAUGACAUCAUGCCCAUGAUUGGUGCUCGAUUUUAUACUCAGUUGGACGCUGCUCAAAUGAGAAAUGAUGUCAUAGAAGAAGAUCUUGCAAAGGAGGUUCAAAAUGGAAGACUGUUUAGGCUUCUAGCAAAAUUGGGAACAAUCAAUGAGAGGCCGGAGUUUCAGAAGGAUCCUACCUGGUCAGAGACUGGAGACCGUUACCUGUUGAAACUCUUUAGGGAUCAUCUUUUUCACCAGGUGACAGAAGCAGGUGCUCCUUGGAUUGACCUCAGUCAUAUCAUUUCCUGUCUUAACAAGUUAGAUGCUGGUGUGCCAGAAAAAAUAAGCCUCAUUUCCAGAGAUGAGAAGAGUGUACUUGUGGUGACUUACAGCGACUUGAAGCGCUGCUUUGAAAAUACUUUUCAAGAACUGAUUGCAGCCGCAAAUGGUCAGUUGUAGUAUUUGCUAAAAAAAACUCCCGCCCAGGACAUGGCUGAGGAACGUACCCAACAGCAGAUUGCACUACAGCUGAACCGUUUUCCUCAUCUCAUCUCACAUUUGGGGAGCAAGCAGGAGACGAGCAGGGCUGCUUGCCCUUCAGUCGGGGACACCGCUGCUUGAGAGGGAGGCGGCCUCACCCAUCCGGCGCUGUGGCUGCCCUCGGGCCGCAUCUGUGAGGAGUUCAUUUCAGAUCAAGGAACACCAUUAGGUGAAUGAUGCUCCAGCUUUUGUUUUUUCCACUUGCGUAUGCACUAAUUUUAAUUUGUUUUUAAAGACUUCUUUCUGAUCUUUGAACUUUUGCCACAUUGUAUACUUAUUAAGAGAAACUAUUUGCAAGGAUGUUUCGGGGUAAAAAAUACUGGGUAGCAUUUUUGUCACUGAGGGUCACAGAAGUUGCUCUUUGGGGGAUGGGUUGCCCUGAAUAGCGUGACGGUCCAGGUAAAUGAUUUCACAGAAGUACAGUGUAGUGCGUGGUUCUUGUAAGAGUGUUGUGCGCAAGCUCUGUAUGCCACCCACUGUUAGGAAAAAUUGAGAGUCUUAGGUUUUGUUUUAUUUUUAAAAGCACACAGAGAUAUCAAUGAAUUGUUCAGUAUGAAUUCCCCUAUUAGUUGAUUUAAACCCUUUCCGAAUAAAGAUUGGAUAAAUAGUAACUGAAGAAGCCCUCUUAGAGCUCUGCUCCAAAUUCAGCCACAGCCUUUUUUUUAAAAAGGCACUUCUUGGCUAGUCAGAUACAUUUACAUUGAUAAUUUUGGGUAUUUUUUAAUAGAAAAAAAAAAUUAAGAAAUUGUAUUAAAGGCCUGAAGCUCAGGAGUAUUUUGCUUUAGGUUAUUUCCACUUUGCUUUUUGUAUAAAGUUCUGUUCUUUGAACCACAGCUUUAUUAUGGUACUUUACACUGGAUACACAGAGACACUGUUCAGAAGAUGAACUAAACACAGCAGUGGUCUGGCAUCAAGAGCUUUCUGAAGUCUGACAGCCUGAAUCUGGAGGGAUAACAAUCUGCUGUGCCUUUGCAGUCACUGCUUAGCCCAAAGUAAUAGUACUUUUGAUAAUAACUAUGUAGGAUAUUCCUGAAUAAGUCAGUCUCAAAAGUUCGGAAUUUUCCUCCUCUUAACUUUCUUAAUAUUUGGACUUGGAAGUUGUCGCCAAACUUGGGUAUUCAUUGAAUUUCUAGUUAAUGAAAUACCUAUACUUUGAUACUGAAGACUGCCAAACACAUAGGAAUUUUCUUUCACAAAAAAGCAGUACCGAAGACUGUAUCUCCUUUCCCAGCACUGAAGGUUUUACUAGCACUGGGUGCUCACCAUGCAACUCUGAAGAAAAUGGGGAAACUCACAAGGUCAGGAAAGACUUCCAAGCACUUGCAGCUGAUGUUACAGUCUUCAAUUUUAAUAACAAUACAUAUUUGUAGUUUUCAGAGAAGUUUUUAAUAUUUCUCUGUCCACUUUUUAUAAGCUUUAAAAUGAUUUCUCUGCCUUGAGAUUUGCAUCAAGAAAAAAACACCUCUCUUCGCCUGAAAGCUUUGAAGACUAGAGACUACACUUAACACGUUUUAACAAGUGUGUUUGAGUCCACGUUUGGUAACAUCAGUUGUUGAGUUAAAAAGAAAAUCAAUUAUUGCAUUUGAUCUGGAUGGAUUUUUAAAAAAAGGACAUAAUGUUCAAUAUUCAAAGGCUAAUUAACAUUUGCCACCAUAAUGUUCUUUUUUAUGUAAAAGAACAAGAACUUGGAGACAUUACCAUGCAAAAGUCUUUUAUCAUUAGCUCCUGUAUUUGAGGAAGAGCAGCUGUCUUUUUAUAUGUUUUUUGACAAAUCAUAUUGUAAUUCUUUUGUACAAAAAAGAACUACUUGUAUUCUAGAAGAAAUAUGAAAUGCUUAAUUUAUAAGCGGGCUGGAGAUUUUUUCCAAUACUGUUUUCUUUGAAAAUGAAAGGGGAUCAUCUAUUUUAGUUUUGGGGUUUGGGAACUUUUUGAAAAUUUUAAUUUGUGGACCAAUGUUUUGUGAAAGCUAAGGAAGGGCAGGGGUAAAAUAGGGCUUGAAUUGACUCAUUCUGUAUAGACCAGCACACUUCCCUCUGCAAAGCAGGUUCAGAUCACAAACCCAAGAAUGUUUGCAUCCUAAGUGCUAGUUUGCUUCAGCCCCUGGUAACCUCAGGACCUGGUUUAAGUAUCAAAGAUAGACAGCUGAUGCAUUUUCAUGAGUAAAUAUUGUCCGCCAGAAAACAGUUGGUGUCAGGUAUUUUUUUAAAGCUUUGUUUUAUAUUUAUUUUUCAUUUAGUUUUUAUUGAGAAUGGUUUUCAAUAGACCUCUUAGUUCUGCUUAGGUGUUUUUUGGGGGAGCCCUAUUUUCAAUAGUGUAAUUCCAUUUCAGAGGUUGUCUAAAAGUCUUGUUUAAUUCAUAGGAAGAGUUUAAUAUCUGAGAAUCAUCAGGUUAAGGAUAUAAACUUCCUGUUACAACAGAUCAAAGCACAGAAAGAACAACCCAGAAAUCAUACAGCGUUGGUCAUUUCAAUUUUUUGUACCUCUUUUAAAUUCUGUUAGUAUAUUUACUUCAUUGUAAAUAUUUUUGAGGGUACCUUUGUAUUUUGCUUUUGACCUUGGUUCUGUGAUUUGGAUGUCAACAGCUUCCCUAAAAAGCACCAGUACGUUAAGUUCUAAUGUCAUGAUCCCAGUCUGGGUUAUUCAUCUUUAAUCCUGUUUUCAGUCUUUAUGUACAGCAGUAUUUUUAAUAAAGAAUUACAGAGAGAA